ACAAAAAAUAACAAUAACCGAUCCUUGGUUAAUUCAGUUCAGUAUAAUCAAGAUAACCCGAUCCGAAUAGCAAUCAGUUUGGCCUAAUGUGUGUAUGUACGGGUAAGUUACCAACUCUGGACGGCUGAACGUAGCCGGAGCGCAGAUACCGAUGAAAGCUCCGGCAGAUGAAUCGAUGCCUGUUAAUGGAACUUUGCUAAUCAGGACUCCAAAAAUAUUGAGCCGCCAUACGCAAUCACAACUGGAACUGGUGCGCAUCAACAACUUUGUUCCCAAUGUAGCCAUAUCUUUCAUCAGCUGUGUUGUUAGUUUCAUCCAUAGUUGUCAAUAGUGGUCGCUAUAGCGAAUAGCGUAGCGUAUAGGUCGAAGGUCGCUACAAGAUUGGUUAAAAGAUGGUCAAGACAGAGGAAGAUGCCACAGAUACACCAACUGUGAAGGAGUUGUAUUUUCCGGCUAAAGUGAAGAUUAGAUGCCGCAUAGAAGUAGCGACAGAAAUCCGGGAUAGGUUGAGACCAGACUCUGCUAGGUCGGAGUUAUUUCGGGGAACGUGUUUUGGACCAUGGCUAGAUGUACAAUCUACAUCUAUCGACUCGAGUUUACUCCAUCUGAUACUACAGACUGAAUAUACCCCGACCCCGGUCGUGCAUCAAGAUGCAUUAUUUUUUCAUGUUGGAGGUCAGGAGUUGCGGUUUGGACCUCAAGAGUUUUGCCUCAUUACAGGAAUGCGAUUCGGUCCUCAUCAACUUUUGAGACAACAUUGGAUGCAAGUGGGGCCGGAUACGACAUUUAGGAGGAGGGUAUUUGGUCAUGUACAAGCUAGAUUAAAGGUUUCGGAUCUCAAAAACGUUUUUGAUAGCUCUCUUGAUCAGUUAUCGGACCUUGAUGCAGUACGGCUUUGUCUGCUGAUGUUGCUUGAGGUCGGAUUCAUGGGCUGCCAGUCCAGUCAAGUGGUUGACUCUGGUCUUCUCGAACUAGUGGAGGAUUUGGACUCAUGGAACACAUUUCCAUGGGGUUCAUAUGUCUGGAAGGUUGUGUACAUGCAGCUACAUAACGCGCUGCAAAAACGUUCUGCACGACGCGCUUUUUCGCCACUUAAGUAUUCCCUAGAGGGAUUUAUUUGGGCCUUUAAGAUAUGGAUCUUCGAGGUUUUACCGUACGCUAAGACGUUUGCUAUCAAGCAUGGUGGGAUUCCGAGGGCCAUUGGCUGGGGCAAGAAUAAAUGCAUAACAUGGAAGCAUGCACUACCAUUUGUUGUGGAUGCCACAACGCUUGGAUUUGAGCCACUACCAGGGUUGACACCUACUCCUGAAGAGUGCGCCACUGACUGGUGGCGGGCUAGCUGUCAGUUUUUUGACGGCUAUGCUAAUGAUUCAUCACCGUUGUUGAAGGAGGCACGCUUAUCAUCGCCACCUCAGCCGUCGGUUAUGAUCCGCGACCAGCUGGCAGAGGACAUUGCUGACCCCACCACCAUGCCUGUAGAGGACAAAGCUGACAUCACUAGUCAACAAAGUACAGGGUCGAGGGAAAAUAUGGAGAAAACAAUGCUAGAGAAUAAGUUACAAAAGCCGUUGGUUAUAAAACGUCUCACUAGUCUAGACACACAUGUUGAUGAGUUAUAUUCGGCUAAGGUGAAGAUUAGAUGCCACAUAGCAGUAGCGACAGAAAUCCGAGAUAGGUUGGGACCAGGCUCUGCCAGGUCGGAGUUAUUUCGGAGCACGUGUUUCGGACCAUGGCUAGAUAUACAAUCUCUAUCUAUUGACUCGCCUUUAGUCCAUCUGAUACUACAGACUGAAUAUACCCCGACCCCGGUCGUGCAUCAAGACGCGUUAUUUUUCCGUGUUAGAGGUCAGGAUUUGCGGUUUGGACCUCAAGAGUUUUGCAUCAUUACCGGACUGCGAUUUGGUCCUCAAAAUUGGAUAUACAGAAGUACAGAUAUGACAUUUAGGGAGAGGGUAUUUGGUCAUGUAGAAGCUAGACCAAAGGUUUCGGAUCUCAUAAACGUCUUUAAUCGCUCUCUUGAUCGGUUAUCGGACCUUGAUGCGGUACGGAUUUGUCUGCUGCUGUUGGUUGAGUUCGGAUUCAUGCCCUGCGAUCCCCGUGCAUUGGUUCACUUGAAUCUUCUAGAACUAGUGGAGGAUUUGGUCUCGUGGAACACAUUUCCAUGGGGUUCAUACGUCUGGAAGUCUCUGUACAAGCAGCUACACAAUACGCCCGCAAAGCGUUCUGCUCGACGCCAUUAUACACUUGGUUAUUCGCUCAGUGGAUUAAUUUGGGCCUUUAAGAUAUGGAUCUUCGAGGUUUUCCCAUACGCUAAGAGGUUUGCUAUCAAGAAUGGUGGGAUUCCGAGGGCCAUUAGCUGGGGCACGAACAAGUGUAUAACGUGGAAGCUUGCAUUGCCAUUUGUCACGGAUGCCACAGUGCCUGGAUUUGAGCCACUACCAGUGUUGACACCAACUCCCGAAGAGUGCGCCACUGAUUGGUGGCGCGCCAGCUGUCAGUUUUUUGACAGCUAUGCUAAUGAUUCUUCACCGCUGUUGAAGAAGGCACGCUUAUCUCCGCCACCUCAGCCGUCGGUUAGGGUCCCUGACCAGCUGGCAGAGGACAUUGCUGACCCCACCGACAUGGGGAGCUCAGACAACACCACUGGUCACCAAAGUACGGGGUCGAGGACAAAUAUGGAGAAAACAACGGAUAAGUUACAUAAGCCGUUGGUUUUGACACAUCGCACGAGUUUAGAGGAGCGCGUUGAUGAGCUAUUGAAGGCUAAGCGGCCACUUUGUCUAAAGACGGAGAUACCGACGACUUCAGACUUGUUUGGUCCUUUUGACCACGUAGAGGAUCGUGUUGUGGUGGGAAAGGUUUCAUCUGAGUCUGACAUAAUUUGUGUCCAAGGCUACAACGUAAAGCAAAGUGUCGCACCGAUUCUCGAAUCCAUUUUUAAGAAACACGGUGACAUUGCAGCAGAUUGCCUAUUCAAACCAGCUUCUAUGAGAUCAUCUUUCCUUGAGAUCGUUUGUGAAGCAGUCAGUCGAAUUCAAACCAAUGAUGAUAUUGAAGAAAUAGAACAGCAAGUGGUAGUUGCAGAAGCAGCCAACAUUAACGUUUCAUGGCUUCGAGUUCACUUGGACACCAUCCGCGCCCACAGGAAGUGCAGUUUGCUUAUGGAAACGAAAGCAAACACGAGUUUAGUUAAAAGAGCAGCCUUAAUGGAUCUGAGAGAGAGUUGCGUGGAGCUCAUGGCCGCGCAAGAACGGUUUGAAAAGGCGGAAAGAUGUGUGAGAGUACUUAAUCUUGUUGAAAAUAAUAUAAAUGAUAACAUCUUGGAAUCGUAAGUUAGUAUAGACUCAUGGGCAAGACAACCAGUGGUUUUAUAGGCUAACUAAAUUUGAUGUAGAUGUAUAGGCGAAGACUCGAGAAGGUGUAGAAUGCACAACACUGGUAAAAUGUUGUAUCUGAAACACCCUUUCUCCUGCUGAGAUGGUACAGUUGGAGUUGUGAUUAGAAUUGAUCUCCUUUAUAAAGGUUUUCAGUUAUAUUCCAGAUAUUCUGUAAAGAAAAGCAUAU